AGCAGGGAGAAGGAACGAGAGAGACACACCACAAGGCGAUGUGCAAGUCAGAAAGAUGGUGUGGAAAGACAGACCAAUAGGGAGAGACACGGCUCAUUAAGCUGCAGAGUAAAUGUAAUAAUGAAACAGAGUGAAAACAGAGGAAAGGUCAAGAGAAGAGAGGAGUGACAGAGCAAAAUGGAGAACUAACAGCAACACAAGUACCAGAAGGAGUGAGAAGGAUGGAGAAAAGGGCUGGAAUUCUAUGCAUCUGGAUGUGAGGGGGAGCUCUAAGUAUUCAUCAAAACACCUCUAAUGACGUAUUGUACUUAACUUCUGGGAUCUUUGAUGGAGAUUGAGAUUGUGAUGAACACUUAGCAGAAACAUGGGAGAUGGAUGUUCUGAGCUAAGGAGAAAAGCUGAAAGCCUGCUGGUAAAUGGAUAUGACUGCACUCGAUGACUAUCCAUCCAGACUCUUUACUGUUAACUAAAGGGCAACUAAAGGGACCAUAUAUUCAAAGUAAAAAGUGACGCAUAUAACAUUAAGUCAAUGCUCUCUAAUUAUUGAGUGUUAAGAUAGUUUGGAAAAAAAAAACUUUAAAGCCUGUGGUUGCCAAUUGGGUGUUGAUGUAAGUACUUGGGAAGUGCAAAUCAAAUCAAUGGGGAAGCAGAGGCUACUUGGAAGCAACUAUUAUCAGGUUGACUUGAGAAAAGCAUCCUGAUUCUUAGGCAGCACUUAAUGUGUCUUGCUUUUAAAACAACUGAAACCCGCUGUCACCUACUGGAGUAAUCAUGCAAGGCAGAUUCUAAUUUGGGAUAUCCAUUGUAUCUUUUGACAACACAUUGCUCCGUCAGCCCAAUAUGUUUUUCAACUGUUUACACAGUUUGGUCUUUCCACAAUUUGGCAUCUGAUUUUCCAAAAACACUGGGACGUGCUCAAAGCUUAUUUGUUCUCAUAAAUUCAGGUUCAUUUGCAAAAAUUCCUUGCAGUAUACUGCCAGCACCAUGUUGUCGGCUUGGGGUGUGGCCAUAACCUUGAUACUGGGCUCAGUCCCACUGAAACAGGCUGGAGGCAGCUGUCCUUCAAAGUGUCUGUGUGCAUCUGAUAUCCUUAGCUGCAGCUCCCUCGGCUUGGAGCAACUGCCUGCCACACUGCCCACAACAGCUGCCAUACUAGACUUUAACCACAAUCAACUAUCACAACUUGAAGAACACAGUUUUGCAGAACUGCCUCGGCUGGAUACACUACAACUGGCCCACAACCGACUUAGCAGACUGGCACGAGGGACCUUCCAAAAUGCUAGCAGCCUGAGGCACCUGGAUCUGUCAUCCAACCUCUUCUAUGUUGUGGAGCAGCAUUACUUCCAAGAGCUGGUCGGGAUGGAAGAGCUGCUUCUCUUCAACAACCGCAUCACCCAAGUGGAGAGUCGGGCAUUAGCCGGGCUUAGCAACCUGCACAAGGCCUACCUGAGUCACAACCUUCUCACAGACUUCCCCUUUUUCUCAAUACAGGAGCACAGCCACCCUUUGCUGAGCACACUGGACCUUUCUUCCAAUCGCCUGCCCAAACUACCACUAGAGGACAUCUGGGCCUUGCCUGCUGCAGUGCAGAGUGGUCUCUUUCUACAUAACAACACACUGAUCUGUGACUGCUCCAUGUACAGCCUUUUUCAUCACUGGGAGCAGCGGGGCUUUGCCUCAGCUAGGGAUUACCACCAUGAGCACACCUGUCUGUUGUAUGGAGAACGAAGAGCUUCUGUACGAUUCUUCCAGCAUAGACGCUUCUUUGAAAACUGCACCUUGCACAUACAACAGGGGUUGGUGGGCAAAAAAGACAACAGCUUGCAGGCCUAUGUCGGUGAUUCAAUCACACUUGAGUGCCAGACUUCACUGAGAGGGGAACAGAUGAGACAUGUAUGGGUUUCGCCCCAGCGGGAGUACAUUGCCCCUCCAGGCAACAAUAAUUCACUGCGCAUGCAUGCUAACGGAAGUCUGGAAAUCAUCUCAGCACAGGUCAAAGAUUCUGGGGUGUACUGGUGUAUGGCCCUGGACCACCAGCGCAAUGAGACACAAGAGGUAAAUGUGACAGUGGUAUCACGCCAUGUGGAAUAUGAGCCCUUCAAUACCGGCUUCACUACCCUCCUAGGCUGUGUGGUGAGCCUGGUGCUGGUUCUGAUGUACCUGUACCUGACACCCUGUCGUUGUUGGUGCCGUAAGCAGCCCCCUGCACCCACUACCCCCAGCCCAGCCAAUGAGUGCAGUGCGCAAUCAUCCAUCCUGACACCCACGCCCCCCGCCACCACUGAGGGACCCGGCCGUAAGGCAGAGGCAAAGUGUGUAACAUAAGACUUAAUGGCUCAGUUGCUGUCAUUCCUGCGAUUUCAGCAGCAUCUCAGAAUCUCUCCCUGGACAUCCUGACCUUCUUUGAUCACCAGCACCAUCCUUCAGACUGGAUUUUGACACAGCUUGUGCAGACAAUGACCAAUCACUGCCCUGUCCCUGAUCUAUGGACCACCUCUUCGUCUCCACAGCAACCUGCAAGGACAGCACAGCAGACAUGACUCCCACUAACUAUGAAUACAUAUCACUCAAGAACCUCUCCGUCCACAGCAAACACAUCAUUCAGCCCCAAACCCUAUACAACAACCCUCAGCUGGACACAUGCCAUAUGAUACAAACAACUCAGUCCAUGUCAACUCAGUCAAUACUGUUGAUCACAUAACAUUUUUACUAAGUAUCAAUUUAGGCUACCUACUGAAAUGUCUGUAUAACAUGUCAUUUGCAUACACCAGCGCAUGUACAUAUAACAUUAUAGCUACGUAGUUUAGGGAAGGUAAAAUUAUUGAGAAGAUUGAACUACAAAAAAAAAGGAGGUUAAAAGAUUUGUAACACCAGCCACUAAAUCUGUUAGGGCCCGGACACACCAACCCGAUUAUCGGCCGUCAGACAGUCAGGCGAGGUUGGUGACUCGAGUCGGUUCGGUGUGUCCCAUGCCAUCGUCGGUCGGAGUCGAUAUUGGUGUUCAUUUUGGCCGAUUACACAUGUCCAAUCGGCCAGUGGCCGUCGGCCUCAAUGACCAAUCUGAUUGGUGGAGUGCUAGAACCCUUGACUAGCCUAAACAUGAUCUCAGAUUAGUAGGCCUAUGACAAUUAGCCCUACAUUCAGCGAUGUAAGUUAUGAACCCAUUUUGAUAAACUAUCCUAACAUAUUUUUGCUAUAUUUUUGCUAUAUUUCCACAAUGCACCAGCAGUUUGUUUAGGAUCAGCUUUGCACAAGCAGCGGAAAAGACUACUUUCAUUCUAAGGGACCGAAUAUACAACCCGAAUUCCGAAAAAGUUGUGACGCAGUCAUAACUUGCUAGUUCUCAGAGACUGCAAUUAAUCAUGCCACAGCGGGCCCGGAUAGCAAACAUUGCCUACCUUAUCUUCUAUAUUCUUGUAAAUCCUCUAGGUUUGUAAAUGAAGAGGACAUUGAAUCCAACAUGUGGCAUAACCCCUGUAGAACCUGAUAAUGUAAUAAUUUCCCAAUAAUGUAAUAACUCCCAAUAAUGUAAUAAAACAACUCAUAACUCCAAAAAACAUGAUUACAUGAAAACUGAUAAUGUAAUAAUCCCUGAAAAUGUAAUAAAUUGCAUUUGCCAAAAAUGUAAUAAUCUCUGUACCGAUAAUCUAACAAAUUAUUACAUUAACGGGAGGCUAUUACAUUAUAAGGUUAACCUUACUUUUUCCAGAACCUAAUAAUGUAAUAUUUCUCAAUAUUGUACUAACUUUGGCCAAUGCUGUAGUAACAGGCCACCAUUUAGUGGGGACCAAGUGGUGAAGUUGUGUAGGCGACCACCCACCGUUUUGCUGUGAUCCCAAACUACCUCUACGCUAGCAAAGCAGCAGUCAUAUAGGAUUAGGCAAAAAAAUGUUACAUCUGUUUUUUUUUUUUUUCUAGUAAAUUUGUUUCAAUGAUUUUGCCAAAAUUUCACAAUCUGCCAAUCUGUUGGGUAUGACGACUGGAGCCUUGACCAUGGAUUUCAGGUUUCGGGACAGGGUAUAGAGAUGGAAUAUGGAGGACCAAUUCAAUGUUUGAUGCAAUAUAUUAUACAGAAAUAUCAACAUAACUGAGUAUGUAUGAAAUGACAAUUAAAAAGUACAUACAAGUUGAUGUGAACAACAAAAUCUAAUGCUGAUAAUCUGCCAUGUUCAAAAAAGGAAAUGCCAAAUACUGUCCAUUUGCUACAGAGGGUCCCCGUUAAAAAUUGACACUUCAUUCACGAUAAUGGUGAUUCACGCAGCUGGGUGACAUGUAAGUACAACUGCAGCCGC